GUACGUCACGUGUUGCACGCCCACCAGUGUGUGAUGCUGAAGAUGGCGUGUUGUGGAAGCUGUUUGUGCUGUCAGUGCUGUUGCAGAGAAGGAGAAACCAGAACACCAGAGGAGCUGACGAUUCUGGGCGAAACCAGGGAAGACGAAGAUGAAAUACUACCACGGAAAGACUACGAGAGUUUGGAUUAUGACCGGUGUAUUAAUGAGCCGUAUGUGGAGGUGUUGGAGGGGAUGGACAAUAAGAAAGCCAAAAAGUAUGAAGCUGUCAAGUGGAUGUUGGUGUUUGCAAUUGGAGUAUCUACAGGCCUGAUUGGCGUCUUUGUCGAUUUCUUCGUGCACCUCUUCACCCAGCUGAAGUUCAGACUGGUGGGGAACUCUGUGGAGGAGUGCAGUGAAAAUGGCUGUCUUGCUUUGUCAUUGCUUGAACUUCUAGCCUUCAAUAUGGUGUUUGUCUUUAUUGCCAGCGUCCUGGUUCUGAUCGAGCCUGUGGCUGCUGGAUCAGGUAUUCCAGAAAUCAAAAGUUACCUGAAUGGCGUGAAGAUUCCAGGAGUCGUGCGAUUGCGCACCUUCGUCUGCAAGGCCAUCGGGGUUCUGUUCGCUGUAGCUGGAGGUUUGUUUGUGGGGAAAGAGGGACCCAUGAUCCACAGCGGAGCAAUUGUAGGAGCCGGACUCCCUCAGUUUCAGAGCAUCACCUUCAAGAAAAUCCGCUUCCAGUUUCCCUACUUCCGUAGUGACAGGGAUAAGAGGGAUUUUGUGUCUGCGGGUGCAGCAGCUGGAGUGGCUGCAGCGUUCGGGGCUCCCAUUGGGGGUACUCUUUUUAGUCUGGAGGAAGGCUCGUCUUUUUGGAACCAAGCUCUCACGUGGAAAGUGCUGUUCUGCUCCAUGUCGGCCACCUUCACUCUCAACUUCUUUCGCUCUGGAAUCAACUACAACAAAUGGGGUUCUUUCCAGCUCCCUGGCCUGCUCAACUUCGGAGAGUUUAAGUGUCCAGAUGGGGAUAAGAAGUGUCAUUUAUGGACAGCGGUGGACCUGGCCUUCUUCGUGAUCAUGGGGUUGGUGGGCGGCCUGCUCGGCGCCAUGUUCAACUGCAUCAACAAGCGGCUCGCCAAGUACCGCAUGAGGAACGUCCACCCCAAAGCCAAAUUCAUUAGGGUGCUGGAGAGUCUGCUGGUGUGUCUGGUCACUACAGUGGUGAUUUUCAUGGCCUCCAUGACCCUGGGAGAGUGCAGGGAUUUAGUCUCCCCGGCAGCGAACAACACAACAGCGCUAGUUAGUGCGUCAGCAAAUGAGGACGUGAACUCAACGAUACGGCGGUUCUUCUGCUCCAAUAAGACCUACAAUGACAUGGCAACUCUUUUCUUCAACCCUCAGGAGACGGCAAUACAUCAGCUGUUCCACCAAGAUGCCACUUUCAGUCCAGUCACCCUCUCUCUGUUCUUUGUGCUGUACUUUUUGCUGAGCUGUUGGACGUAUGGCGUCUCUGUCCCUAGUGGACUCUUUGUCCCUACACUACUCUGUGGAGCUUCUCUUGGACGCCUAGUGGCCAACAUCCUCAAAAUAAAUCUUGGUAUGCACAUAUACUCAGGGACGUUUGCUCUGAUUGGAGCGGCUGCCUUUCUGGGAGGCGUGGUACGUAUGACCAUCAGCCUGACCGUCAUCCUGAUCGAAUCAACCAAUGAGAUCACGUAUGGCCUUCCCAUCAUGAUUACACUAAUGGUGGCAAAAUGGACAGGAGAUUUGUUUAAUAAGGGUAUUUAUGAUAUUCAUAUUCAUCUGCGUGGAGUGCCUCUACUGGAGUGGGAGACCGAAGUGGAAAUGGACAAACUAACCGCCAGUGACAUCAUGGAGCCCAACCUUACCUAUGUGUAUCCCCACACACGCAUCCAGUCUCUGGUCAGCAUCUUGAGGACCACCGUGUAUCACGCCUUCCCCGUGGUCACCGAGAACCGUGAUAAUGAAAAAGAGUUCAUGAAGGGGAACAUCCUUAUCAGCAAUAACAUCCGAUUUAAGAAAACAAGCGUGUUGACACGGGCGGGGGAGCAGAGGCGGAGGUGCCAAUCGAUGAAAUCAUACCCUUCCAGUGAACUGCGUCACAUGUGUGAUGAGCAGGUGGGGGUGGAGCUAGCUGAGGAAGGUCAGGACAUCCUGCAGCAGAUGCUGGACAGGAGACACGUGCCAUACCCAAGUCUGUACCCGGAUCAGUCCCCCAGUGAGGAGUGGAGUAUGGAGGAGAGGUUCCGCCCACUCACCUUUCACGGCCUCAUCCUACGCUCACAGCUUGUCAACCUACUCAUUCGUGGAGUGUGUUACGCCGAAAAUCAGUCGAGUGCGUCUCAGCCACGGCUCUCCUACGCAGAGAUGACGGAGGAUUACCCACGUUUCCCUGACAUUCAUGAUCUAGACCUUGCCCUCCUCAACCCACGUAUGAUAGUGGAUGUGACUCCAUACAUGAACCCAAGUCCAUACACAGUCUCUCCAGACACACACGUCUCUCAGGUCUUUAACCUGUUCAGGACCAUGGGGCUCCGCCACCUGCCUGUGGUCAAUGCAGUAGGAGAGAUUGUAGGAAUAAUCACAAGACAUAACUUGACCCAUGAGUUCUUAACGGCUAAACUCCGACAGCAUUCCAUCACCAUCUGAGACGAGCGCUCACAUCAUCUGUUAAUAACUGCAGCUCAGACAGUCCCGUGUGUGUGUGUGUGUGUGUGUGUGUGUGUGUGUGUGUGUGAGUGUGAGUGAGAGCCAUGUCUCAACUCGCACUGGGCCAGUAAUGCAGCUCUCACUUUAUAAGCCAUUCCCGGCUACUUCCUGGACCACUAAAAAAUGGUAAAGCAUGUUCAUACUGACCGACACAGGAACACACACAGGCAGACUUUAUCAUACUAAUUUAAAAGCUGGACACGAACGCGUCAUUCUCGUGUGUGAUAUGAACGUUCGCCUUGCUUUAUGAACCUCACUGUAGCACUUGUUUUUUUUUUUUGUUUUGUUUUUUUUUGGACAUUGAUUAUGUUUUUGUGUCUUUUUUACCAUUUUCUGACAUACUUGUAUUUGUGUUAAUAUGCUCUUGCACUCAACAUUCAUUUCAGAAAGAGUAUAUUGUCUGAAACAAGGCCAGAAAGGAACCUUUACUGAAAGUAUGGCAUUUUAACAAUAUAUCCGAUCAUUAUAGUGAAUAUGGAUAACCAAGCAUGUCCACCUUGCAGUGUUUCAUAUAUGAUUUUAACUCCUUCAUAAAUGUUCUAAUUCACAGUCAGGUGUGUUGAAUUGGGAUUAAAACUAAACACAUAACACCUCAUCUCCGAAGCAAGGCAGUUACUGUACUAGAUUGUUGAAAUUGCAUUCUUAUUCUUGGUUUUGUUUAGUUUUUUUAGUACUAAAUUAAUACUCCAGUGUUUUUAAAGUUUUCCCUGCAUGUGUAAGGUAUGUGUGAUGGCUACAAACAAUAACUUUGACUUUCACAGUAUCCCUGUACCGAGAACACAACGAAACCCACUGUUUACUCCAAACUGAUUUAUAAUGGACGCCUAUGGGCUGUUGUUGAAAUUCCAUCAAUGAGCAUUUCAACUGUGACUAUAUAACACAAAUGAUAACAAUAAGAACUCUUAAGAUAAGAUGACCAUGAGAAAAAAUCUAACCAAAGCUGCUGAGCUACAUUAUUCUUAGAGCUACAUUAUCACAUCAUGAAAACUGACCUAAACCUACAUAAACAUUUUAUAAAGGCUUAUUCCAAAAGGUACCAGCUGACAUCAGGGCUGCUUUUGUCAAUUUUGAUGUCAAAAGUAAAGUUAUGAUGCUUUCCAAGCCGGCAUACAUUAGAAAGUCAUAAUCGCUGACUGUAAUUCUGUUGUGUCAGAGUUUCAUAUUAGAUUUAUUAUAUUUGGUGCUCCGGUUUACUCCGCCAGUACAAAGACAUGCGUUGUAGGCUGAUUGGCAUUUUCCAAAUAGUCUCUAGUGUGUGUGAUUCUGCCCUGCAAUGGGUUGGCACCCCAUCCAGGGUGUCCCUCGCCUUGUGCCCUGAGUUCCAUGGGAUAGGCUUCAGUUUCCCCCACGACUCUGUGUAGGAUAAGAGGUAUGGAAAAUGGAUGGAUAUUGAAAUGUGAUGACACAGUAAUUAGUUUUUUUACUGUUUCUGCCACUAAAAAUAACGUUUCUUUUAACUAUAUUUAAGAUUCAAAGCUUCUGGCAAUGUCAUAACAAUAAUGUCUGACCCUGAUUGGUUUUGAUGUCAGUCUAAUCACACUUACAAAGUCAGUUGUCAUGACAUUCUAACAUUAGACAGAGCAGAAAGUGUCAUAAUUGUAUCUCAACAAAAAAUCAAACUGACUAAGCUGUUAUUGGCAGCUUGACAUCAAAAUCAACAACAGUAGCCUGACAGUUGACAUCUGUUGGAAUAGGCCUUUAUAAAUGUUUUUAAUACAGGUUUUUCUCUGUUGCUGCUUGAAUACAAUGCUAAAAUUGGCUUUCGAGUAGCGCAAUAGAAAAGCAUUCACUCUAUACCCAGGAGAAAAAUCGGUAGUGUUCUCUGGGUGGGAGGGAUGACAUACGCACUUCACUCCAUCCUGUCAAACAGAGCGAGUUUAUUCAGCUGCCCUGUAAUGCAGCAUGCGCAGGAGGUUGAAAAGAUAUGGUUGAUAUGCUUUAACUGUUACCUUGAGUUACAUAAGUAUUGGUAUGGGGGGAGGGGGCUUCAUUUACAAAUCAUUUUAAAUAAAGAAGUGUUUGCCUCAACAACUGUGCUUUGAAUUCUCUUAUAAAUGAGUUUAAAGUAAACAGGGUUUUGGGCGGUGUGGGGGUGUGGUGGGGGGGACUUACUCAGGGGGUGUCUGUAUUAUUGAACUAAUCAAACCACCAUAAAAAGGAUAGGUUAUUAAUGACAGGUCUAAUACUGUGAUUUAAUCAUAGAAAAGCAGUUUAGGCAUAGCAUCCAUAAUUCACAUUCAUGUGGUGUAAUAAUGCACUGUAUAUAGUAUUGGAGCUAUGCUAAGCUGACACGUGUAUGGCAUGUGUACACUAAGCAUUCCUUUUUUUUGUUUGUUUGUUUGAUUGUUUUUUAAAUGACCAUUAUUGUUUUUAUUAUUUUGUACUUUAUUUAAGGUCAAGCUUUUGUGAGAUAUAUUUGUAUAAUGAUUUUGCUUUUUAAAUGCUUUAAUGAGGAUCAAAUCAAUCAUUAUUAUAUUGGGAAUGUGAGUAAGUGAAAAGCUACAGGUUUAAAAGUGCAAUCUUUGCUUUUUAAUAUAUCGUUCCAUUGAUUAUCUUUGGAGUGUUGUAUUUUCCUGAAGCAGAUUAUGUGAACCACGUACACUGUACAAGUUGUAAAGGAACUUUCCUGCAACUCUUCUGUUACCAGACCUUCAUCGUGUACUAUCAUAAGCGUAUAAUGUUGGUGCAACUGUAAUUCUUCCCUCCUGUUCUAUACCAUUCUAGACUACACUGUAGAAAUGAUCUGUCCCUGUCAUGGAUUUCAAUUCAUUUUUAUAUGUAGGUGAGAUGUGAGAAAUUCAGGAUUUCUGAAAACGGGUCUUUAGGAUUUAUUGAAUGAAACCGUUUUUAUCUUCUAAUCAUUAAAUUAGUAGAAUUACAGUCUUAGAUUAGUGUAAUAUACAGCUAGGCAGUAUGUCUCAAUAGCAGCAAAAAAAAAAAAAAAAAAAAGUCCUCCAAACAUUUCCAGUACUAGUUGAUUCAGGUUUUGUUUAUUUAUUUAUUUUUUAUAUUAAAAAAAAUUCAGUAUUCAUCUCUGCAUUUCAGUCAUCUGCAGGUCAUCUGAGAUUCCAUGUAAUAUCCCAUGUAAGUUUUUUGAGGAAGUUCAAUGAUGAUCACAGAGACCUGACUGGCUUUUGUCGAGUACCCUGUUAAGGAGAUGUAUUCUUUUUGCUUCUAUUAAUAUUGUUUUAUGUUCCAGUUGUCCUGCCUUGGUUUCUCUGUAACUGACACGCAUUGAGAGUGAUGCAAAGUCCUGUGCCUUUUCCUGACUUAUAAUAAACAUUACUGCAAAGCUCCUGAA